AUGGCAUCGAAUCUCGAUCUCGACCGUGUUGAACUUCUGACCAACUAUGAUGACUUAUACCAGUGGUCAGUGGAAUCCUUCGCAGACUUCUGGGCAGAAUUCUGGAAGUACAGUAGCAUUGUGUGCUCUCACCUGUAUGAUGAGGUGGUUGAUACAUCCAAAAGUAUUGCAGAUGUUCCAGAGUGGUUUAAAGGCAGCCGUCUGAACUACGCUGAGAAUCUUCUGAAGCACAAGGACAAUGACAAGAUUGCACUGUAUGCAGCAAAGGAAGGCAAGGAAGAAAUCCUGAAAGUUACCUUUGAAGAACUGAGACAAGCUGUGGCAUUGUAUGCUGCAGCCAUGAGGAAGAUGGGAAUAAAAGUAGGAGACAGAGUUGUGGGGUACCUACCAAACAGCAUCCAUGCAGUGGAAGCAAUGCUGGCUGCUGCAAGUAUUGGUGCCAUCUGGAGUUCAACAUCACCAGACUUUGGCAUUAAUGGUGUGCUUGACAGAUUUUCCCAAAUUCAGCCUAAGCUCAUCUUCUCUGUUGAAGCUGUUAUAUACAAUGGCAAAGAACAUAACCACUUGGAAAAGCUGCUGAGUGUGGUAAAAGGACUUCCAGAUCUAAAAAAAGUGGUGGUGAUUCCAUAUGUCUCCUCAAGAGAAACCAUUGAUAUUUCUAAGAUUCCAAACAGUGUCUUUUUAGAGGACUUCCUUGCUACUGGGAAAGGAGACCAGGCCCCCCAGCUGGAGUUUGAGCAGCUGCCAUUCAGUCAUCCUCUCUUUAUCAUGUAUUCAUCAGGCACAACAGGGGCACCAAAAUGCAUGGUUCAUUCAGCAGGGGGUACACUAAUCCAGCACCUGAAGGAACACAUUCUUCAUGGCAACAUGACCAGCAAUGACAUUAUUAUGUACUAUACAACGACUGGCUGGAUGAUGUGGAAUUGGUUAGUGACUGCACUUGCUACAGGAGCUUCAGUGGUCCUGUAUGAUGGAUCUCCUCUAGUUCCAUCACCAAAUGUGCUCUGGGACUUGACUGACAGACUAGGGAUCACCAUCCUUGGAACAGGUGCAAAGUGGCUGGCUGUGCUAAAAGAGAAAAAUUUGAAGCCAUGUGAAACACACAAUCUCCAGACACUCCACACUAUCCUGUCUACAGGAUCACCUCUCAAACCUGAAAGCUACGACUAUGUCUACAAACACAUAAAAAGCAGUGUCCUCCUGGGAUCCAUCUCAGGUGGAACAGAUAUAAUUUCCUGUUUCAUGGGUCAGAAUGUUACAAUUCCAGUUUACAAAGGAGAAAUACAGGCCAGAAAUCUUGGAAUGGCUGUAGAAGCAUGGAAUGAUGAAGGAAAACCAGUCUGGGGUGAAAGUGGUGAGCUGGUUUGUACCAAGCCUAUUCCCUGUCAGCCCACACACUUCUGGAACGAUGAGAAUGGGAAUAAAUACAGGAAGGCUUAUUUUUCAAAAUUCCCAGGUGUUUGGGCCCAUGGUGAUUACUGCAAAAUCAAUCCAAAGACAGGAGGAAUUGUCAUGCUGGGUCGCAGUGAUGGUACAUUAAAUCCAAAUGGUGUCAGAUUUGGAAGUUCUGAAAUCUAUAACAUAGUUGAAGCUUUCGAGGAGGUUUCUGAUAGCCUCUGUGUCCCUCAGUACAACAAGGAUGGGGAGGAGAGGGUGAUACUCUUCCUGAAGAUGGCACUGAACCAUGUGUUCAGCGAGGAGCUGGUGAAACGGAUCCGUGAUGCCAUCCGCAUUGCGCUCUCUGCCAGGCACGUUCCCAGCCUCAUUCUGGAAACCAAAGGCAUUCCGUAUACAAUAAAUGGGAAAAAAGUGGAAGUAGCUGUGAAGCAAAUAAUUGCAGGGAAAGAAGUUGAGCAGCGAGGAGCUUUCUCAAACCCAGAGACUUUGGACCUGUACAAAAAUAUUCCUGAGCUUCAGAACUUCUGAAGUCACUUUGUUUUGGGGUUUUUUUGCAUCUUUGUUCUGUCUGUUUUGUAUAUACCAAUAUUGUAUGUAAAGAAAAAGCUCUAUUUAAUAACAGUGGUUCUUGUAAAAGGAAGAAAUGUUUCAUUAAGUGCAUUAUGAAAGGCUUGGGUAAAGCUUAGCUCCCUUUUAUUGGUUAAAUAUGCCAUGUAUCUUGGAGUUUUUUUUUCCAGCCUGGAAGGAAGAACCUGCCUAUUUUUUUAUAUAUGAGUGCAUCUUUUCUGGUUAGAUUUACAUCAGCAGCCCAUCAAAU